CUUUUUCGAUAUAUAUUUACAUAUUUGUUUCAAGAAUGACCAUCAAGGCAGUUAUUUUUGAUAUUGGUGGUGUAUGUGUUGGGUCACCCAUAGAGGGUAUUCAUCGUUAUGAAGAGAAACACAAUUUGCCUAGGGAUUAUAUCAAUGUAGCAAUUGUCAGUCAAGGGGAAGGUGGUGCAUUCCAGCGCUUCGAACGUGGAGAAAUCAAAUUACAUGAUUUUUAUAAGGCGUUUGGUGAACAAUUAUCGGAUCCCAAGAACAAGCAAUAUUAUCAAAAGUAUCUGACCAAGACUGGAAAAGCCAAUCACCAACUUAUUCCAGAUAUCUCUGUGAAUGGACAAGAACUAUUUCAUACCAUGAUGGCUGAAGCAAAACAAAUAGAUCCUUAUAUAUUUCAAGCCAUUCAACAACUCAAAAAGUCAAAACGAUUUAUUCUUGCAGCAUUGACAAACAACUUUGAAGUCCCCAAAUCAGAUCAACAGGAACUCCAAGCUUUAGGUGAUGGCCCUCCAAAAAUUUUACGAAAUUCUUUUGAUCAUUAUGUUGAAUCAACCGUGGUGGGAUUAAGGAAACCUGAUCCACGGUUUUAUCUUUAUGCUUGCAAGUUACUUGGUAUUGAACCUCACGAGGCAGUAUUUUUGGAUGAUAUUGGUGGCAACUUGCGGACGGCAAAAGAACUUGGGAUGCAAACCAUUCAGGUCAAGGUAGGUCGAACCAAGGAAGCAGUCAAGCAACUGGAAAAGAUAGUGCAAAUGGAUUUAUUAUUAGAUCAGAAUAGCGGUGAUAGUGGUCCCCGUUUGUAGUUUUAGUACUUGUCAUAGUUAUUUUUUUUUAUAUAUCUUUCACAUUCCCCCAUCCUAUUAUUUUAGUAUGAUGAUAUAUAUAUGUAUAAAAU